AUGAAGAUGAAGAUCUUUAGCUCAUCGCAAAACCUCUUAACCACAACCAUUUUCCUGGUUUUCAUUGUUUCACUAAGAGCCCAAGACAGCCCACAAGACUUUUUGGACGCUCACAACGAAGCACGAGCCGUGGUUGGGGUGGCUCCCUUAAUAUGGGACGAGACGGUGGCUGCAUAUGCUCGCGACUACGCGAACCAGCGUAAAGGUGACUGCGCCUUGCAACACUCGACUGGACCCUAUGGAGAAAACAUCGCUUGGAGCAGUGGUAACAUGUCAGGCGUUGAAGCGGUUAACAUGUGGGUGAACGAACAGGUUGACUACGAUUAUGAUUCCAACACAUGUGCCUCGGGAAAAGAUUGUGGCCACUAUACUCAGGUUGUGUGGAGAAACUCGGUGAGGAUGGGAUGUGCAAAAGUGACAUGCAGCAAUAGCCAAAGCUUUGUUCAAAAUGACAAUGGUCAAACUUUUAUCACUUGCAACUAUGAUCCUCGCGGUAAUUUUGUCGGUGAGAAGCCUUUUUAA